UCUAUAUUCUUUGAGUGAUUGAUUAUAGCUAUACCCUCAUUCAUUGCUUUCAAUUUUCCAAAAUGCUUCAAAGAAUGAAGCUGUGUCUUGUUUUGUUUCUUUCAGUGUUUGUAAUGGCCAUGUCAGUGUCACCUCUUACUGCAGCAAACAACCAAAGGAGAGAGGCAAAUGCUCUGUUAAAGUGGAAACAAAGCUUUGACAACCAAAGCAAGGCUUUGCUUUCUUCAUGGAUUGGUAAUAGUCCUUGUAGUUGGGAGGGAAUCACAUGUGAUCACGAGUCUAAAUCCAUCAGCCAAGUAAAUCUCACCAAUUUUGGACUAAAAGGUACGCUUCAGAGUCUCAAUUUCUCUUCACUUCCAAAAAUCCGCACCUUAGUCUUAAAAAACAACUCCUUGCAUGGAAUUGUUCCAUACCAUAUUGGUGUAAUGUCCAAUCUAAACACUCUUGAUUUGUCAUAUAACAAUCUCUCUGGUACUAUUCUCAAUACUAUUGGUAAUCUGUCUAAACUCUCCUAUCUUGGUCUUAAUAACAACAAUCUCUUUGGAAUUAUUCCUUCUGAGAUUACCCAAUUGAUUGGUCUUUCUGUAUGGUUUAUGGGUUUUAAUAGUGAAUUAAGUGGACCCCUCCCUCAAGAAAUUGGUAAAAUGAGGAAUCUCACAAUUCUUGAUAGCCCCUGGUGCAAUCUCACAGGAACUAUACCCGUCUCAAUAGAAAAGAUAACUAAUUUGUCUCAUAUGGAUGUCGGAGGAAAUAAACUCUAUGGCAACAUUCCUUCUGAAAUAGGCAAGUUAGUCAACCUGGAGAUACUAAGUUUUUAUAAUAAUAGCCUUUCUGGAUCCAUUCCUCGUGAAAUAGGCAAUUUAGUCAACCUUGAGAAACUAAUUCUUGAUUUUAAUAGCCUUUCUGGACCCAUUCCUCGUGAAAUUUUCAAGUUGGUUAACCUUGAGAUACUAACUAUUGGUAAUAAUGGUCUUUCUGGUUCCAUUUCUCGAGAAAUUGGUAACUUGGUUAAACUUCAGAUACUAUUUCUUGAACAUAACAUUCUUUCGGGCUUCAUUCCUCGAGAAAUUGGAUCUUUAAAACAACUCUAUGAACUUGAUUUAUCUAACAAUCAUCUCUCUGGCCCAAUCCCUUCAACAAUUGGAAACUUGAGCAGUAUGAAAUUUCUCUACCUUUAUCAUAACGAUUUUACUGGUAUCAUUCCAACUGAAGUGGGAAAACUUUCUUCUCUUUUAACAAUUCAAUUGUUGGAUAAUAACCUCUCUGGACCAAUACCACCAUCUAUAGGUAAUUUGACUAAUUUAAACUCUAUUCUGCUUAGUCAAAAUAACCUUUCCGGAUCAAUCCCACCAUCUCUAGGUAAUUUGGUUAAUUUGGAUUCUAUUGACCUUUCACAAAAUAACCUUUCCGGACCAAUCCCACCAUCCAUAGGUAAUUUGAUUAAUUUAAACUUUAUUCUGCUUAGUCAAAAUAACCUUUCCGGAACAAUCCCACCAUCUAUAGGUAAUUUGAUUAAUUUAAACUCUAUUCUGCUUAGUCAAAAUAACCUUUCCGGAACAAUCCCAUCAUCGAUAGGUAAUUUGACUAAUUUAAACUCUAUUAUGCUUAAUCAAAAUAACCUUUCCGGACCAAUCCCACCAUCAAUAGGUAAUUUGGUUAAUUUGAAUUCUAUUGAACUUUCUCAAAAUAACCUUUCCGGAACAAUCCCACCAUCAAUAGGUAAUUUGGUUAAUUUGAAUUCUAUUGAACUUUCUCAAAAUAACCUUUCCGGACCAAUCCCACCAUCUAUAGGUAAUUUGGUUAAUUUGAAUUCUAUUGACCUUUUUCAAAAUAUCCUUUCCGGACCAAUCCCACCUUCGAUAGGUAAUUUGGUUAAUUUGGAUUCUAUUGACCUUUCUCAAAAUAACCUCUCUGGAUCUAUUCCUUCCACUAUUGGAAAUUUAACAAAACUCACUGGUUUAUAUCUUCCCUCAAAUCAAUUUAGUGGAAAUUUUCCAAAUGAAAUGAACAUGAUACCCAAUUUGAAAAAUUUGCAAUUAUCUUAUAACAAUUUUAUAGGUCAUUUACCUCACAAUAUUUGUGCUGGUGGUAAUUUGGAACAAUUCACUGCUAUAUUUAACCAGUUCACAGGUCCAAUUCCUAAGAGUUUAUAUAAUUGCUCAAGCCUUGUGAGAGUAAGACUUGAAAAUAAUCAACUGACUGGAAAUAUAACAGAAAGUUUUGGUGUGUAUCCACAUUUAGACUACAUGGAAUUGAGUCAUAAUGGUUUUUAUGGCCAUUUAUCAUCAAAUUGGGGAAAGUGCAAGAAUCUCACAAGUCUUAAAAUCUCCAAUAACAAUUUAACAGGAAGCAUACCACCACAAUUGGCUGAUGCAGUUAACUUAGGUGAACUUAACUUGUCUUCAAACCAUCUUACUGGAAAUAUUCCAAAGGAGUUUGAAAACUUAUCUUUGUUGUACAAACUCUCGAUAAGUAACAAUCAUCUUUCGGGAGAAGUUCCUGCACAAAUUGCAUCAUUGCGUGAACUAACUGCCUUGGAGCUCGCAACAAAUAAUUUCAGUGGAUUCAUCCCUGAAAGUCUCGCAAGGUUGUCUAAGUUACUGAUGUUGAAUUUGAGUAAAAACAAGUUUGAAGGAAGCAUUCCUGUUGAGUUUGGAAAAUUGAAUGUUAUUGAAAAUCUUGAUCUUAGUGAGAAUUUUUUAAAUGGAACCAUCCCAGCAAUGUUUGGUCAAUUAAAUUCCUUAGAAACAUUGAAUCUCUCACACAAUAAUCUUUCUGGUACUAUUCCCUUGAAAUAUGGUGAGAUGUUGAGCUUGACAAAUGUGGAUAUAUCAUACAACCAGUUGGAGGGUCCGGUUCCAAGCAUUUCAGCUUUCCAAAAUGCUUCAUUUGAAGAACUCAGAAAUAACAAAGGCUUGUGCGGUAACGUAUUUGGCCUAGAGCCUUGCUCAACACCAGGUGACAAGUUUCAUAAUCAUAAGAAUAACACAAUUUUUGUGUUAGUCUUACCCAUCACUCUAGGCACUCUCUUUUUAGCAUUAUUUGCUUAUGGGCUCGCAUAUCAUAUAUGUCGAACUUCAAGAGAAAACAAGGCUCCUGAAGAAUCACCAACAGAAAAUCUAUUCACAAUAUGGAGUUUUGAUGGGAAAAUGGUGUAUGAGAAUAUUAUUGAAGCCACAGAAGAGUUUGACAACAAGCAUCUCAUUGGAGUUGGAGGGCAUGGAAGUGUUUACAGAGCUGAAUUGCCCACAGGUCAAGUUGUAGCUGUGAAGAAAAUCCAUUCAUUACAAAAUGGAGAAAUGUCAAAUCUGAAAGCUUUUGAAAGUGAGAUCAAAGCUUUAACAGAAAUCCGACAUCGAAACAUUCUGAAGUUAUAUGGGUAUUGUUCACAUCCAUUGCAUUCGUUCUUGGUUUAUGAGUUCUUGGAGAAUGGUAGCGUCGACAAGAUCUUGAAAGAGGAUGAGCUUGCAACUACAUUUGAUUGGAAAAGAAGGGUGAAUGCAAUUAAGGAUGUUGCAAAUGCUUUAUGCUACAUGCAUAAUGAUUGUUCACCUCCAAUUGUUCAUCGCGAUAUCUCCAGUAAGAAUGUCAUUUUGGAUUUGGAAUAUGUAGCUCAUGUAUCAGACUUCGGAACAGCUAAGUUUCUAAAUCCAGAUUCAUCCAACUGGACCGCUUUUGUUGGAACAUUUGGAUAUGCUGCUCCAGAACUUGCAUACACAAUGGAAGUGAAUGAGAAGUGUGAUGUGUACAGUUUUGGAGUAUUAACCAUGGAAAUACUUUUUGGAAAGCAUCCAGGAGACACUGUAUCGACAUUGUUGCAAUCAAGUGGUGUAGGUUUGACAAUUGAUGCUUUGUCAUUGCUUGAUAAGUUGGAUCAACGUCUCCCUCGUCCUAGCAAUGCUAUUGGGAAAGAGUUGGUAUCAAUUAUAAGGAUUGCAUGUCAUUGCUUAACUGAGAGCCCGCGUCGUCGCCCUACAAUGGAAGAUGUUUGCAAGGAGAUUGUAAUGUCAAAGUGAUCUUCAAGGGGUUAAUACAUAAUUUCAUUAAUAAAGCAAAUGAGUGGUUUUUAUUUUAGGAAAUAAGUUUUAUAUUGAGCAUAAAGUAUAGCUAAGAGUCAAUGUUGGUGUAACUUGUUGUAUGAAUUAUUGUACUCGUUUAUGUUUCUUCAAAAAUAAUACUCCCAU